GCCAUCUAUGGACAGAAUCCAUCCAUCUACCAUAUUCUAUGUUCACAUGCUUGCUUAUAUAUAUCUAUGCUAAAUUGGAUAAACAUCGCAAUUUGAUGGUCGUCACAUGUGAUUUACUACGAUGAGUGGAUUCAGUUCAGCUUUAAAAUUGACUGAUUUGAAUGAUUUUAUACAGCCAUCACAGGUAUGCAUAAAACCAGCUGAAACAAUUCAGGAAAAUAAAUCUGACAAUAGUGAGGGUGAUGACAUUAUAAGGAUAAAUAAAUCAAAUAAAUCAUGGAAAAAUCGACAAUCAGAGAGGAAGAUCAAAGAGAAUGCUGAUACAGAACACCCUAAAUUGUCUCCAGUUUCGGUAACACUGGGAGAUUGUCUGGCCUGUAGUGGUUGUAUAACAUCAACUGAAGCUGUGCUAAUAUCUGAACAAUCACAUGAAAAAGUGAUCGAUAUUUUAGAUGAGAAGCAAAAGAAUCCUAAUAAUAAUUUGAUCAUAGUGAUGACAUUAUCAUUGCAAGCGCUCGCAUCUUUGGCCGUCAAACAUCAUCUCAAUUCAAUGGAAUCGGCUGCCGAACGCAUUGGCCAUCUAUUCCAUUCAUUAGGUGUCGAUUACAUUUUCGAUCUUGCUUUAGCUCGCCAUAUUUGUCUUCAAGAAUCGUGGCAAGAAUUAUCGCAACGAUUUGUCUCGAAUUCAAACGCUAAACAACCAUUAUUGUCAUCAACUUGUCCUGGUUUUGUGUGUUAUGCUGAAAAAUCACAAGGUAAUAUUCUGGUUCCACUUCUCAGUCGUAUCAAAUCUCCACAACAAAUUAUGGGCCUUUUGGUGAAAAAACGGUUACAUUUAGUCGAUGGUCAAGUUUCCAACGUUCUUCCAGAUCGAAUCUACCACAUAACAUUAAUGCCGUGUUAUGACAAAAAAUUAGAAGCCUCUCGAUUGGAAAAUCGUCUUGAUGAAUCGAUUCCGGAAGUAGAUUGUGUCAUCACCCCAUUAGAAGUGGAAAAGAUUCUUGAAUUCAAGCAAAUCAGAAAUUUUGAUUCACUUGCUUGCCGACCUCUUGAUCAAUUCAAUGUUGGUUUCAGUCCUGAUGGAAAAAUACAAUCGCAUCGAGGAUCAGGAUCAGGAGGCUAUGCCGAUAAUUUAUUGCGAAUGAUGACUAUAUACCAAAAGAUAGCCACACAAGAUUUGAUGCAAAGUGAGUUUGAAUGGAAAAUGGUACGAAAUGCUGACUUUUUGGAAAUUAAUCUUUACAAAUCGGAAAUGGAUUCUAAGCCCUUGGUAUCCUUUGCCAUAUUAAAUGGUUUUCGUAACGUACAGAAUUUGGUAUCACGAUUGAAGCGAAAAUCCUGUUCAUAUGAUUAUAUCGAAGUAUCAGCUUGUCCUAAGGGUUGUCUGAAUGGUGGGGCUCAAUUUCGCAAUAUUCCAUUCAAUAAGGAGAUGAAUGAAAAAUUAACUCCAGAUUCGGAUCCGAUCUUGAUCACUUUCGAACAAGUCCAGAAACUUUAUGAUCAAUUACCAAAGACCGAAUUGGAUUUAUUCAUCAAUAAUAGCAUAGAAAAUACUAAAACUGGUGAACUUUAUACAAAAUUGCAAUUGGAUGAUCAAUUUCGUCAAAAAUUUCGUACAGAAUUUAGAGUUUUGGAGAAAAAAUUUAAUAUUUUAAAUUCAAAUUGGUGAAAUUUGAAUUUCAAAAAUAACAUUCUUGAUCUUUGUUCGGUGAAAAUAGCCGAAUCUCAUCAUGAUCAGAAUUCAUUGUUUUGAUUAAUAAAUUGCAAAAUGUUUAUUUAAAAAA